AUGGCACUUCAAGAUUCUGCAACAAGAAUGGUCACAGGGCUUGCCUUGUGCUUCAUGUUUCUGCUAUUCAAUGCUUCUUCUUCAUGUGCUGCUCGUUUCUUGAACACUAACAUAGACACGCCAAUCCAACAUCACAAGCUCAGAAGACAGCUUGUUGAAAAUGGUCUUGGUCGUACUCCUCCUAUGGGGUGGAAUAGUUGGAACCAUUUUCAGUGUGACCUUAAUGAGGAGAUGAUUCGAGAAACAGCUGAUGCAAUGAUAUCAACUGGCCUUGCUGCUUUAGGGUACCAAUAUAUUAAUUUAGAUGACUGCUGGGCUGAACUUGAUCGAGAUUCUGAGGGAAAUAUGGUUCCGAAAGCUUCAAAAUUUCCCUCAGGAAUUAAGGCUCUGGCUGAUUAUGUACACAACAAAGGAUUGAAGCUUGGGAUUUAUUCCGAUGCUGGAAAUCAAACUUGCAGUAAGCAAAUGCCUGGAUCACUAGGACAUGAAGAACAAGAUGCAAAAACAUUUGCUUCCUGGGGUAUUGAUUUCUUGAAGUAUGAUAACUGUGAGAACCUUAAUAUAAGCCCAAAAGAAAGGUACCCUAAAAUGUCUGAAGCAUUAUUGAACUCUGGAAGGCCAAUCUUCUUCUCCAUGUGUGAAUGGGGGCAAGAAGACCCAGAACUUUGGGCCAAAAACGUAGGAAAUAGUUGGAGAACAACAGGAGAUAUUGAAGAUAAAUGGGAAAGCAUGACAAAUAUUGCAGAUGCAAAUGACAGAUGGGCUUCUUAUGCUGGACCUGGAGGAUGGAAUGAUCCAGAUAUGCUUGAAGUUGGAAAUGGAGGAAUGACCACUGAAGAAUAUCGUUCCCAUUACAGCAUUUGGGCAUUGGCUAAGGCUCCUUUGUUAAUUGGUUGUGAUGUUCGAGCAAUGGAUAACACAACAUUCGAGCUACUAACAAACAAAGAAGUUAUUGCUGUCAACCAAGACAGCUUGGGAGUUCAGGGAAAGAAGGUGAAAAGUGAAGAUGGUUUAGAAGUUUGGGCAGGUCCUCUCAGUGAUAACCGAGUGGCAGUAAUUUUGUGGAACAGAAGUUCAUCAAAAGCAAAUGUGACUGCAUCUUGGUCUGAUGUUGGAUUAGAAUCAGAAAAAGUUGUAGAUGCUCGAGAUUUAUGGGAGCAUUCUACGCAAGCUUCAGUUUCGGGACAAAUUUCUGCUGAACUUGAUUCACAUGCUUGCAAGAUGUUUGUUUUCACUCCCAAUUAGGCAUCAAAUUUUCG